CGACCAGACUCCACUCAGCAUCGCUUUUCGUGUCUGUGUCUCUUAGUUUGUCUCGUUUAUUGAUUUGUGGGGUUUUUUUCAUUUGGAAAAAGCUGCUGGCUUCCGUCGCUGGGUUUUAUUUGACAAAGGCGGGAUGCAGAGUUUUUGAGACUUUCUCUGGGAGUUUUUUUAAGAGUUGUUUUUCUUUUUCUUUUUUUAAACCAUGGCGUGUGGAGGAAACGGCAUGUCCGAUGAGAGGAUAGGGGAAGCACUGAUCAAGGAGGUCAUAGAGGAGGAGCUGAAGGACGUACCCUCAGAGGACGUCCCACCCCUCACUCCACUGGCUGUGGAAGUGCAGACUGAGCAGGAACAGAAGGUGGUUAGCCAGCUGAGCAAAAUGGUCCGCAUCAUUGGUGACAGAGUGCAGGGUGACACGGAGCUCCAAGAUGCAAUAGAUGGGGUGGCACAAUGCUCUGGUUCCAAGUGGGACAGAUUUAUGGAAGUGGCACACCAAGUGAUUGAACAUGGGAUCACCUGGGAGAAGAUCGCUGUGCUCUUCUAUGUUGCUGGCAGGCUGGCUGUCCGGAUGGUGGAAGCUCAUCUCCCUCAGUCGGUGAGGGAGAUCCUGAUGUGGACUGUGGAUUUCUUCAAAAACAACCUCCUGAGCUGGAUUCGGGAACAUGGAGGAUGGAUCAACAGUUUCUCAGAACUGGCGAUGGCUUCCAUGCAGAGCAUUUCAUUCAUGAGCUCUCAGAGAGUGUCGCUUGUCAUCAUCUUCAUUGCCGGCCUGGCUCUUGGAAGCUUCAUCACCUGGAAACUGACCAGAUGAUUCUUGAGGCACACGUGCACACUCACAUACACACCAUAAUGAUAAGACUGUAAUUUUUUUACCUGAGGGUUUAUCAUUCUGUCCAGAUGCCAUCAUGUCCUGAUCACUUGAUAAGAUGGUAAAAUGGUUUAAACAUAUGCUUGUAAAUGGGUCUCACACAAACACUCCACUUUUCUACUUUUCUAAUGUUAUCUAUGCAAAACAUGAAAACUUGAAAGAGACAACCCUGUGUCAAAGAUAGUCACAUAUUUUCAUAAUCAUCAAAGACGUACCGUAUCAUGUUAAAGAGAUACUCUGCUUUCAGAGUAAUUAUGAGACUGAAACGGGUUUAAUCAUUCCUCCUUUUCAUACUGGCCAUUAGUAAUGUGUGUUAUCACAGUUAUAUCUGCAGCACUGCAGUUAAUCCAGUCAUAACAAUUAACAUUCUGAUUAACAGCUGAUGGAUUGCGGGUGUGUGUGUGUGUGUGUGUGUAUAUAUAUAUAUAUAUAUAUAUAUAUAUAUUAUAUAUAUAUAUGAGGAAAUCAUUAAUUGAACUCAGUUGAACACGAAUUAGAUUCUGUGUUUGGAUGCUGCACUCAUUAUGAUUUAUUAUUUAUCCUGGGCAGCAGCCAAAUGUUAUUAUGAGCUUUUAAACCUUUUGUGUUUAGGAAGAAGAAUUUAAAUGUCAGACUGUUUUCAGGCUGUUGUGGAAAAACCUGCUGCCAUUUUCAUUUAACUUAAAAAAACUUUUACUUUAAACAAAUGUUUGUUUAUCUAAAAACAGCCUUCUUCUGUGUAAUAUGUAACCAUAUCACCACAUGUAUUAUCCCACAGAGAAAUAAUAGUGUGAUCGGGGGUCUCUAAAUGGUGGAAAAUUAUUGGUUUUGAUGGGUGGUGGGUGAAUGAUUCACACAUAUAUGUGGAUCAGUGGCGAUUGCUCCCUUUUUGAUUGACAGCGAAAUUAGCGAAUCAGCGAUCUUGAAGUAUAAGCAUCCACCGGAGCAGUUUUCUAAUUUUUCAUUCCGUUGUUCGGAGUUGAUCUGGAGAUGUCACUGAUCCUCAGCGACUUUGUCUUUGUUAAAAACAACUAGUGUUAUGUUUGGCGAUUCUCUUCUGUCACUCUGCGAAUUUACAUUUAAAUAAACGGACACAUUUUAUGAUGUAGGCCGAAAAUGAGCUUCCCCUCCUUAUAAGACCAGCAACCACCCACUGAUGUGGGUACAGAUGACAUAAGAGCCGCACAUCACUACUGGCCAUUAAGAAAUCCCCUCCUAAUGUACUUUCAGUGUAGUUUUCUUUAAACCACGCCAGUAGAAAUGUCUGAGCAGUGAAAUCCAUUUAUGAGUGGAAGUACAUUUACUUUUAUUGAAUAGAUUUAGUACUUCCCUACUGCACUGAAGCUUUAGUGCUGUUCCUCACUUGUUGCUUUGGAUAAAAGCAUCUGCCAAAUGAAUAAAUGUAAAUUUACUAACAGAUACUGUCAUGAAACCAGACAUGAAAAUUGCAUGGUUUAUUGGAUUGUCGCCAUUUGUUUUUUAUUCUUUUGUCUUUUUAGUCUUUGGAACGUGGUCCUGUUAAAGUGGUAAAAUCAUGGUGCAAAUAUGAAUGCCUACAAGAAUCCCUUUAUUCAACUGUUUUAGGGGUUUGUCAGUUUAUUUGCACAAACACAACAGUUAUUUGUGACUACUGCCUUAAUGCAGUCUCUGUCUUGAUGCCAUGUCCUGAUAUAUGAAGUCCAGACAAUAUCCAAUGAAGGAACCUUAGAACUCGUUCGUGAGUGAACGGUCAAUUUUCACCAAAGAUGGAGACAAAAAUAAAAAACAAGGGUAUUGCAGGACUGCCACCUUAAAGCCUCAAUCUGUCAGAUUUAUAUUUAAAGUGAAAGAGUGCUCCUUUGUUCUGGCAAUUUUAUAGCAAUAGCAGUUAAAUAUAUGAACCGAGUUUACAUCAGUGCUGUUUUGAAUUCAUGUAAUUAUUCAGUGUUAAUGUUUUGUCAUUUUGUAAGAGAAAAAAAACAGACUAAGAACAGAAUUAACAUUGCUUUAUUUUCUCAAAAGUAGUAGCUAACGUAAACAGCAAUAUUUCUUAAAUCACUUUUAUGGAAUAUAAUUGAUUAUUGAAAUAUAAAAUAAAUAAAAGAAACAAAAACAGCAUUGUUCUGAACAGAUCACUAAUAUAGACUGAUUUUGUAAUGAUGGAAAUGUACAACAGAUGGAAUAAACUGAUUUACCCCACCCCC